UAGAACAUUCAUAAGCAACAUUGUGGAAUUGAGUGGCAGCUAAGCAUUAAGGGAGAAAACAUACUCUGUGCGACUUGUGCCAGUCCUCUUCCUGCAUACCAUGAAGUCGGCCGGUGUGAAGCAUGAUGGAACCAAGAGCAGGAAAAGCAAAAAACAGAGUACCCUCCGUCCAACACCACCUUCUAACGGCCCGGGCAAGAUGGUUACAGGAGCUGCUUCUAAAAUCAGGAUCUUCUCCUUGCCAUCCAUUUCUCCCAUAGCCACUUUAGAAGCCGCCACUGUUGGCUCUUCUCCUAAAGCUGGGCCCAGUUUUCUGGAUGCGUUUGUCCCCUUGAAUGAUAGCACAGACAUGGAUCAGGAAGAGAUUCAGAAGGAGCACUAUGGAGAGAGGACUCCUUUGCAAAUUCCUAACCAAAGUAGAAUGGCAACUUCGACUGCAGAAGCAGUAUCAAAAAUAGGCCCAAUCAAACUUGAUGAAAACGUUGAAGUAAUAGAUCUCACCAGUGACUCUUCAGUGGUUGAUCUUACACACAAUGAUUCUAUUGCAAUUAUGGACGAGAGUAGCCAACAGCAAAACCAAACAUUAAGCCGACUGUUGUCCAACAGCUGCAUAGUAUAUAAUGAUGAUGACAGUGAAUGUAGUGAAAGUGAUCUGUUGGCUGCCAGUAAAUUGCCUAGAGAAUUAGAAAAGGAGAGAUUUGGAAGUUCAAAACCUUCAGGCACUGUGAGUUGUCCUAUUUGCAUGGAUAGCUAUGCAGAAAUUGUCCACAGUGGACGACUCAUAAUGUCAACAAAAUGUGGCCACAUCUUUUGUAGUCAAUGUCUCCACAAUUCUCUUAAAAGUGCUAACUCUUGCCCUGCGUGUAGGAAAAAACUCAAUCACAAAUAUCAUCCAAUAUAUAUAUGAAGCUAUAGAUGCACCUGGUAAUCUAAUUUGAGCUUUGUGAUUAUAAACUUGGCUGAACUAAAUGUAGGUUACAGAUAUUACUUAAAUGUGAUAAUUAACUCAUGGGAAUUUUCCCCACUUGGCCACUUUGUGGUCUGAUUAUAUUACGCAAAUUUAAUUUUGCUUUAAGGAGUAUUACAGCUCAGUUCAUUCAGGGACCACAGAUUCCCAUCUACUGAAACCUAAAUAAAAAUUCUGCACAAGUAAUAAAGAGAACUUAUUGUUUAUUUAACUGUAGGCCAGUUAUAAACAUAUUGAUGCAAUAGGUAGCAAGCUGGUGAAUAAUGUUACAGGUUUAUUAGAACUAAACAAAACCCACAUGCUUGAGGGAGAAAUGUUGUUCACUGAAAAACUCUCCCUUCUGUUGAUAGAACCCAAAUAAAAAUGCUGAACUCCCAGAUGGAUAGGAUUUAUAAAAUGCUAGAACUCAAAUCUCAUACUAUGUACAUAAAUACUUUGUUUCAAUUUUCUUUGGUAGUCUAAAUUUUCAUUUUAAUUGCAUUCAUAAUUAAGGAUCUUAAUUGUAAUGAGAACUGUGAAUGUGCAUCCUCUGCUUGAACUCAUAUAGAAAUCCUGCUCUAUACAUGUGAUUAGCACCAUUCUUGUCCUUAAUGCAGGCACAAAUGGGCAGUUAGACAAGCCAAAUUGCCUGAAGAGCUGCUCCUUCCCACAAAUGCUAGUCAAUUACAAUUUCAAGCCUGUAAGAAAUAAGGACAUAUAAGAAACAAAUUUUGAGUGUAAAAGUGAUCCUGUUAAAUAUGUGUAAUAGGGUGUUGGAUGACUUGAAGUGCUAAUCUAAUGUGAUCUAUUUAAGAAGUUUAGUAACUGGACUAAUUGGCUUUGUUAAAUAUAUGUAAUCUAUACUUUGGUUAUUAGCAAACAUGGGGUGCCUAUACAAUCAUUUACUUCCAGUUAGAAAGCCGGAACUUACAUCAUUAAAAAUGGAGUCGCAUGUUUACAUAGUACAGCAUAGGCCAUAGUCUGGGUUUCAGGUUCAAUGCUGAAUGCAGAAUGUUAAAAAAAAAAAUUUUUCCUUAAUGAGCUUCCCACAGUUGGUUCUGGGCUGGCUGUGUAAACUGUGCUAACUGAAUUUUCUCAUGUCCUGUCAAUUGUGUAAAAUACUGUAGUAAAGACCAUCAUUGGAGAACUGUCCAGUGGCAUCUAAAAAGCCAUAUCCAUGCUUAUUAUAGAACUGUUGCAAAAUCAGUUAAUGAAGUUAUACAACUCCCUCCAGAGUACUGCUUAAUAGCUUUAUGUAAGCAUGUGAUUAUGAACAUAAUUGUUUCAUGAGUUCUCCUGCUUCUUGAAAUCAUUAUCACAGCUGCCUGAACAAUAAAUGCACUUUUGAUACUUUUCAGAACAGAUAAUAUUGGCUCAGUAGUAAGGCAGAAUGCUUUAAAUGACUUUCAGAUAGUG